UCUCCGGCUGGGCCGCCUAGGCUACUCACUCUCUUUCAUUGUUCACGAUCCUGGCUCCAUUGCCUUUCUGUUUUUUCAUUUAGUCUCUCCUAGAGAGUACUGUUGCUUUAUUCAACUCGACUGUAUCGCUAGUCUUUCUCUGUUCUCUGCCUCAAGGUUGCUGAGGCAAUUCAGCCACAAAACCCGACAGCUCAGUCUUGAAACGGACAGCGUUCUGCUAUCAUGCGUGUAAAGCAGAUCUGGGCUUUCCUUCCCUUGCCGGCAAAGAUCAAACUCUUUUGGUCACGUAUCACCUCUUCUCGGACAACCACCUUCUAUUUCAUCUUCUCCGUGCUUCACUGCAUCGUCCAAGUUGUUUUCCAAGUCCAAGCCUUCUCGGUCAACUCCCAAGCCGCCAGCUUCCUUUGGAACAUCGUCCUUCAGGGCAAUGCCGUCGCCAAGGGCUUCACCGUCCUCGGCAAGGACCUCCGGGACUGCGCCAACGUGCCGAACACCUGGAGCACUGCCAGCUGCGAGGUUGUGUGGAACGGCACCGCGCUGAACGACAACUACGGUCAUAAGGCGCAAAGCUCUGCCGACCCCGUCGUACAGGCCAUCUCGACAAUCUUGUCGUCGUCUGCUGCCGCGAGCUCUACGGCCAGCUCUUCGGUGUUAGCGUCCGCGACGUCUUCCGUCGUGGCCCCAUCAUCUGCCGCCGUCACCUCAUCUGCCUCUUCUCCUAUUAUCACGGCAGUAGCUACCGAAGCCAUCAACUCCACGGCCACGUCAACUUCGGUUGCGAAAGGUACCAAGACGGUCACCGUGGUCGUAGCGGCAACCGCUGCCCCCGCCAAGACAGACGACGAGGAGGAUGACGACGAGGACGAGGACCAUCAGCACGACAAGCGCGAGGCCUCCUUGGGUAGGAUCACUGCUGUAGAGGGAAAUGGCACGACAACAGUCAACAUCACCGGUCUCGGAUAUACGAAUAACGAAGUCACUCUCGACCGGGCGUGCCUCAUUUCGCUCAACUGGCCUGUCACGAUCCUGCAAAACACCAAGCGUGAAGACGUCACCUUCAUCGCCUUCCAGUUCUGGGUGCUCGGCAUGUCCAUCGUUGCUAUACUGAACGAGUCCAUCCCCCACAUCGUCGCGUCCCUCCUCACGCACAUCGCUGCCACCGCAUGGGGCGGCUUCCAGAUCGAACACACGCGCAACUUCCGCGACCAGUUUAUGCGACUAACGGCAGAUGGUGCCUGCAAGCCAAUCCAUCUCCUUCCGACCUACUGGGAGGCGCGUGGUAAAGCCGAGAUCCCGAGCUUGGUGCUAAACGUCGUCGCUCUCGCGGUAUCCGUCCUCCUGUCGUGGCGCCUGAUCAAGUCGUUCGGAUGGCAGACCUUCAAGCGCGUCGGCGCCUCCCUCACCAUUAACCGCGUUUACAAAUGCGUGCUCUCGCUCUCGAUCGUCAUCCAGCUCUCCGUAUUCUUCGUCGUCGCCUCCUUGGCGCUUUGGAUCGAUCAGCUCCUGAACGGCGACAUCGCGAAGAUGGCGAGCACGAAGAUCCCGUACAAGGCUAUGAUCAUCCUCGUUGGAUGCUUGCUCUUGCCGUGGCUCAUGCUGGGAUGGUUCUCCGUGCGACGCGAGAUGCGGAUUCCCAUGCUCAUCUUCUUGGGCAUGUCGCUGCUCUACCUCGGAGGAUGGGGCGCGAUGUUCAAGUCGACCACGUUCCGCUGGACGUUCAAGGAGUGGCGCUUCUUCUCCAUCAUGGUCGCAGCAUCGGCUUUCUUGGUCCUUAUCAGCUUCGUUCUCGGCGUCAUCUGCCGCGUGAACUUCGGGAAGGGAUUGCCUCGUUAUCUGAACGCGCAGGAGCCCCUUCCUGGCGACGACUUCGCUACCGUCACGCCCGGCGACGUCGAGGCGGCCUACAACGAGAAGGAAGAGAAGGUCGAGUUCCCGUCGACGACCGGAGGUUCGCGCCCGAUCCCGACCUUCUCCGCCGCGUUCGGCGCCGGCGCCGAGGUCCCCCCGCCCAGCCAGAUGCAAUUCGCGCCCCGGCAUAUGGGCCCGCGCUUCAACAACCCGUCCGCGGAGCCGUUCGAUACGGCGUCGACCGUGGGGCGGUCGUCCGAGCCGUCGGAGUACGGGUCGAACGCGCCGCUGACCCGCCAGGUCAGCGUAUCGAGCGUCGGCAGCGAUCGGUCGACGAGGACGACCGACAGCCAGCGGUCGAUAGGGAGCAAACAACGAUGGGUGAUCGAGUAGGCAUGGGGAACGGUUGUCCGUGCGUGAUUUGACUACCACCGGGUGGUUUUUAUGCUGUAGAUAUUCUCAUUGGACAUCGGACGCAAAGCGCCCCCCUUUUGUAUACGUUAAAGCUAAUCCAAGGAUCUUCCUGGGUGGACUGUACUCUAUCUCUAUCAAUCAACGUGGCUUACUCCGGC